AUGGAACAACACACUGUCUCUCACGCCCGCCCGCACUCUGGCGCGCGUGCACACAAGGCAGUCAUCUAUCCGCCGUGCCGGAAAGUAUGGAAAGGCGGCCGCACGUCGUGGCGAUACCCUUCCCGGCACAGGGCCAUGUGGGGCCUCUCCUGAAGCUGUCGCGCCAGGUUGCCCAUCACGGGAUCAGGGUGACGUUCGUAAACACGGAGUCCGUCCAUGCUCGAAUGCUCGAAGCAUCGGGGGACGAUGAUCGUCGUUGGGACGGGAUCGAGAUGGUGACCAUUCCGGAUGGCAUGGAAGAGGUUAAGGACCCGAGGGACAUAGAGAAGGUUGCUGAGAUGAGGGCGAAGGUCAUGUCCUGUCAUUUUGAGGAGCUUCUGAGGAAGAUGAAUUCGUCUCGGGAUGAAAGGGUCGCUUGCAUCGUAGCCGACGCGACUCUCGGGUGGGCUUUCGAGGUCGCCGAGAAAAUGGGGAUCAAGAGGGCCUUGUUCUGGCCAGCUGCCGUACCAGGCCUGGUCUUAUCGCUCUCUCUCCCACAUCUCGUCGAGGCCGGCGUAAUCGACGACUGCGGAUCUGCUCCUUCGGACACGGCGAUCCAGUUCUCGCCGAAACUUCCUGCCGUGAAAGCUGUGGAUUUCGUAUGGCGCUGUCCAGGUGACCAAAGAAUGCAGGAGAUCGUAUUCAGACAUGCUAUGGGCGUGACUAAGCCUGUCCGAAUCUCGAACUGGCUUCUCUGCAACUCAUUCUACGAGCUUGAUCCCAUCGCUUGCGGAUUGAUCCCCGAACUACUACCAGUCGGGCCGUUAACUUCUACCGAUUGCCUCGGAAACUUUUGGGCCGAGGACCGCACUUGCCUGAACUGGCUCGACCUGCAACCUUGCAAGUCAGUCAUAUAUGUUGCCUUCGGAAGUCUAGCGGCUUUCGGCCAAAACCAGUUCGAAGAGCUAGCCCUGGGACUCGAGCUUUCAGGCCACCCCUUCUUGUGGGUAGUGAGGUCGGGCUUCACUGACGUGGACAAGAUCAAGUACCCAGACGGGUUCUUGGAGAGGGUAUCGGAUAGAGCCAAAAUAGUGUCGUGGGUACCGCAAGAAAAGGUCCUCGCUCAUCCCUCGGUAUCUUGUUUCGUGACGCACUGUGGUUGGAACUCGACCAUGGAGGGCAUAAGCAACGGCGUGCCCUUCCUCUGCUGGCCCUGCUUCGCGGAUCAGUUCUACAACAGGAGCUACAUAUGCGACGCACUGAGGGUGGGAUUAGACUUGAAGGCAGGGGAGGCAGAGAUCAUUUCCAGGCACAAAAUACAGGCUCAACUAGAACAGCUGCUCUCUGAUGUGCAGAUAAAGGAAAAUGCAGAAAGGCUCAGAGGAAUGGCCAGAAGAAGUGUUUCUGAAGGGGGAUCCUCCUCUGCAAACAUCCAGCAUUUUGUUGAACAGCUGAAACGUUGUUCAGAAGCAGUCCGUCACUGUGACUAAACGGUGCAAGUGUCAAGUGAUCAAUUUCUUAAGAUCAGUAAUAAGAAAUGAGCCUCACACCAGUAAUCUCUCAUGAUGGUAAAUGGCACAUUGUACUGAGAAAAUGAAGGUAUGAACAUAAAUUUUCCGGACCAUUUGGUCGGAAGCCUAAGCUGCAACAUGGCAGACAUAGCAUGUGUGCACUUUUGAAACUGUUCGGUCGGUCAGCAAAAGUCGUACUUAAGUCGGAAAAUUACUCAGUCCCCCGAUGCACGAGUGCAAUAAAAAAAUCUGUUGUCCACAAUAACAACAAGGAGCAGAUUUAUUCUUGUAAAUCGCAGAAAGGAAGGGGAAAACCACGGCUAGAUAGACCACAUCAUCUGCCAAGAUUUUCCAAGCAAUCGAUACUUUAGAAGUGCUUUCAAAGAACAAACCAAACAAUGCUAUGGCUGAACCAAAUCCCCAGCUACUCCAACUCAAAUUCAA